GAUAUGACUAGGACACACCCCGCUAUUCCAGAGUCCCUUUUAAACUCACUUGCUAUGACUAGGACAGACCCCGCUAUUCCAGAGUCUGUGUUAACCUCACUGGAUAUGAUUGGGACACACUCUUCUAUUCCAGAGUUGACGUUAGAAGGAGCGUCUUGUGUAACAGCUGGGACGUCCCGCGGCGCUGAAGGGCCUGUAGAUAACCCAGCACGAUGCCAUUCCUGCUCUUAUGGUCGAGUUAUAAACGAGCAGGAAGGCGCGCGUGUUUGGGUUUUUUUUUACGCUCUUUUUGAUGAAUAAUCUCUCUGUUUUUAUCUCAGUGUUUGUGCCUUGACCAAACCCAAAUUUAAUAGCUGUAUGUAUGCAGUAUGUCCUUAUUUUUGUACGUUGCUGGACCUGUCAGCCAGACAGAUGCAAGUGUUGAGUGUGGUUGCCUCCCCUCCCCCGCCCCAGCAGGUACGGCAAUGUGCAGGAGGACGCAACCACAGCCACGCGUGUGCGGAUCCCUGUUGCGUGGAGCUUCACUACUACCAGCUCUGGUGGUUCUGGCUAGUGUGGGCCAUCAUCUUCUUCCUGAGUUGCUGCUGUGUGUGUCAUCACCGUCACGUCAAGCACAGGUUACAGCAGCAGCAGCGUCAACACGAAAUCAACCUCAUCGCCUACAGGGAGGCUCACAACUCCACCUCCCCACCCUUCUACCUCCGGUUUCUACCAAACACCCUUCUCCCUGACUAUGAGGAGGUAAUGAAUCGUCCUCCCACACCACCACCACCUUACAGUGCCUCAACCUCAGCACCCACAGCCUGUACUACCAGUGAGCAGCAGGAAACACACUGCUCAUCGAGACAGGUUCCUCCACUGCCCCCAGCAUCAGAACUAUUGUGCUCUAGUCCCACCAUAACGGGCUACCAUGCUCACGGAGGACACUGCUACAAAGAUGGCAGCAAGCCCCAGAUGGGAUCAGAGCAGGGCAGCUGGAGGAAUGUUACUAAACCCAUGGAGGGGAGCUGCAGCACGAGGAAGCAGAAUGUGUGCAGGGAGGGCCAGCGGGAGGAGGAGGAGGUGCCAGAGGAGAAGGAGUGGAGCUCGAGGAGGCAGCGACACUUCACAGGAGACUCUGGGAUCGAAGUGUGCAAGUGCACGCGAGGCGCAGAGGGCUGUGAGCGCAAAGAGCUCAGAACCCUACGGAGUGAGGAGCACCAAGAAGGCUUUGAGGAAUCCUGCAAGGGCUGCAGCCUCCACGUCUGCUGUGCUGAAGAUCAAAGCAGGGUUGUGGCUGAGCAGUGGGAGGGGCUACUCUCAUAACCCCACCCACACUGUCAUGUUCACAUAUCAUUAAUAGAACUGGAGAGGCUUCACCGUACUGACACAGAGUCUCAGAGCUGAGGGUGGCAGUAUCAAAUAAGAAGUAAAAGAAAAGGUGUAGAUCUGAUGGAACAGUGGUUUCAUCGUCACUGACCUCUGUUGUUGUGGUCUUUGUGUUUUGACUAGUUUGUGUGAGUGUAAGCAAACUGACAAUCAGAGAAUGCCUGAUGACAUUUUUCUUAUGACGGCAUAUGACUGAUGCGCAAGCUCAUAUUUUCAGCAGUCUUAAAAUAACAAACAUGGGUGAAGUGCAGAUUGUCUUUAGUUCAGUUUCUCUCUUUGAGGUGAUGUCACCCACUGGCUCAGAGAGAUAACUCCUCCUGUAGAUACCAGUAUGGUUUGAGAUGGACAGUGACUUGAACUUCAGCUUGGGACAGACCUCACAGGCCAGACCAAGCUGUAAUGUUUAUAUAAAGAUACCAGUAAAAGUGUUUGUUUUAAUGUGCCUAGGGAACUGUGAUUUAACUGAGCGUUAAAUCAUACAUGUGUAAGACAAGGCAGAAGCAUUCAAGUACAGCAGUGCUGCCAUUAUCAUGCUAUACAGGUUAAACUGAUGUUCUAAACAUCAAACUGAUGUUCUAAACCUGUAAUUCCAACCAACAUUACUAUAAUUUAGGGUUUUAAUUGUUUUAGGAUGACUUGCAAAAGGCCCUUAAUGUAAGUGUAUUUUAACAAGCGUGAAAGUCAGUAUGUAUUAAGCUAAAGUGUGUCCAUGACAAUAGAGGGGAGGAAUCCACCUCUGCCAGUGCAGAGGAUGUCCCACAAGCAUGAACUCAGGUGAGUUUAAGGUAUAUAAAGUCCCCACUGGAAAUUGCUCAAAUCAAAAGGUAAUCCCAAACAUAAAGGAAACACAGAAGAAUGCACUUCCAAGUUUAGGUUCUGUGCCAACCACAAGUCAACCACGCCCAUGUCCCUCAACACCUUUUUUUCUUUGAUGCCAUUAGGAGAGGUAACCAGAGGCUGGAGGGUGAGAUGUGAUUAUAAUAGCAUGAUGCCUUUAUAAAUGCACUUUAACUAUCCUGACAAAUAGGACAGGUAAUUCCAGUAACACACUCAAGAUCUGUAUUUUACUGACAGCUCUGAUGACAAACGUGUGUUAACAGCACAAUGACUUCUUUAUUUUAAUUUAGAAUCUGUUCUCCUAAUGCUUAUCGUAAACAACUUUAUUUAUUUUGAUGUUGGGCAUGUCAUGAAUAUUUGUGUAAUGAAAGAUUGUAAGCCUAGUAAGUGUGUCCUAUAACUAACAAAACAAAAAGUAUAUUAAAAAAAAAAUCCAAGAUGAUGUUUAUCUAUAAUUAGCUAUAUUCUCAAUUACCAGUUUUGUGAGCGACCUCAGACUUGUUGAGAUGAUAAAGUCUAAUUUAUGGGUUCUUUCCUUCAUGUGCCAAAGUUUGCAGUUUCAACAGCCCACUUAUGCAGAUGGGGAUUUUCAUUUGCCCAGAAAGAAAACACCAGUUAUUAUAAAAAUAAUAAAUUAUGCACUAAGAUUAA